AUUGGUAAUCCUGUUCUAAAAAUGAUAGUGAAGUUAUCUGUGCUUUAUCUGUCAGUUGUAUAUUUUUUAACUGAAAGACUAUGAUACCAAUUAGAUAAAAACACCUUUGUAAAUAGUUGUAGUGUAAUGAUUGAAUUUUAUAAAAUAUGAUUGCCUGGGUAACUUCUUAAAGAAAGUGUCGUUAUAUGUACAAUAAAGUAGUAUCUAGUCAGGAUAUAAAAAUAUCCAUUGUUAUACCAUAUUUGUAUAUAGUAAUAUGCAAUGGACCAAAUAAAGAUUCCAAAGGUAGAAAACGUUCGCUUAUUGGAAAAGUAUAGUAAUAAUCAUUCUAUAGGUACAUUAUAUUUAACCUUAACACAUCUUAUAUUCAUAGAACGAAAUGGUAAAAAAAAAAUAUGGGUUUUAUAUACUCAUAUAUCCAACAUAGAAAAACAACCUUUGACUACUACAGGAUCACCCUUAUAUAUUAAGUGUAAACAUUUUUAUAUUGUUACUUUUGUUAUACCUAAGGAACGUGACUGCCAUGACAUUUAUCUUACAUUACUAAAACUGUCUUGCCCAGCAAAUUUAGAGGAUCUUUAUUGCUUCAGUUAUCAAGAAAUAUUACCGCAACAUGUUGGUUGGAACUUUUUUAACGUACAAAGUGAAUUUCAAAGACAAGGAGUACCAAAUGAAGAAUGGUCUCUUUCAUACUUGAAUACUAAUUACGAGCUUUGUGAUACAUACCCAAAAUAUAUAUAUGUUCCAAGCACUUGUGCAGACAACAUUUUAUUAGGUAGUGCAAAAUUUAGAAGUAGAGGAAGGCUUCCUGUAUUAACAUAUUUACAUUCAAAUAAGGCUGUUAUCUGCCGUUGCAGUCAACCACUUUCAGGAUUUAGUGCACGAUGUCCCGAGGAUGAAUUAAUUAUGUAUUAUAUACUUUGUACAAAUCCUAAUUCAAAGUAUAUGUAUGUUGUUGAUACAAGGCCACGUAUUAAUGCUUUUGCAAAUCGGGCAGCAGGAAAAGGAUACGAAAAUGAAAAUUUCUAUGAUAAUAUAAAGUUUCAUUUUUUUGGGAUUGAAAAUAUACAUGUCAUGAGAACAAGUUUGAACAAGCUUAUAGAAUUACAAAGGACGACAUCAAUGAGUGCAUUUUUAAAUGGUUUAGAAAGCAGUGGAUGGUUAAAGCACAUUCGUUCUAUAUUAGAAACUGCCUGGUUUAUUGCACGAGCAGUUUUUGGUGGCGUGAGCGUAGUAGUACAUUGUAGCGAUGGUUGGGAUCGUACAGCGCAAGUAUGUUCUCUGGCUGCUUUACUUUUAGAUCCGUAUUAUAGAACUAUUCAAGGAUUUCAGGCAUUAGUAGAAAAAGAUUGGUUAUCAUUCGGUCAUAAGUUCAGUGACCGCUGUGGUUAUAUUAGUAGCGACGGCAAAGAAUUAGCACCGAUAUUUACUCAAUUUAUAGAUGCAACUUAUCAAUUACUACAGCAAUACCCUCAUAAAUUUCAAUUCAAUGAAUUUUUUCUUUUAACACUUCAUGACCAUGUUCAUAGCUGUCAAUAUGGAACAUUUAUUGGAAAUUCUGAAAAAGAAAGGCAGACUCUUAGAUUAUCAGAAAGAACGUAUUCUUUGUGGGGAUAUGUUGCAAAUAAUACAAACGAGUAUAUCAAUCCACUAUAUGAAUGUAAACAUUGGAAUGAUGAUUCUAAUGAUGUUCUCCAGCCAAAAUUAGCGCCACAAAAUAUUAUCAUUUGGAGAGGAUUAUAUUUUAGAUUUGAGAAUGGUAUUCAUCCUAGAGAGGCACACGAAGAUAUGUUAUUGACAAUUCACGAUCAUAGUAGUUCUUUAGAAGAUCACGUUAAACUUCUUGCAAAGAGAGUUAAUUCUUUGAGUCAAUUAUUAAAUUUAAAUAACGUACAAAAAAUAAAUAUUCAAGGUAAACAUAAAUUUGAUAACAAAUAUGUCAAAGAAUCUUUAUCUGAAACUAUUAAGGAAAAUGUUAAUCACGAUGAAAAAAUGAAAAAUAAAGAAAAAGCAAGCCAAAUUGAGAAUGAGUUAAAAACAGUUGCCAUAGAAUGGAAGUCAUCUCGUAAUAUGGAGGAAUGUACUUGUUCGACUACAUUUGAUGCUUUUAAUAGGAAGCAUCAUUGUUGGUCUUGCGGGAAUGUACUAUGUACACGAUGUAUGGGUACGCAUGAUGUCUUAACUGGACAUCUAUCACAACGUGCUGUACCUGUUUGCAAAUCAUGUUCUCAAAAUUCUGGUAGUUCUUCGAUUAGUCCUUGAUUGUACCACAUGAAAUUGAUAUUUACAUGAAUUUGCAAAACUAAAAUAAGAGAUACUUCAUCAAAGAAAUCAAUAAUUAAUAAUUAUACCAUCUUGUCAAAUAAAUUUAUUUUAUGCAGAAUGUGAGAGAAAUAUCAGAUUAAAUAGUUGAAAUUUAAAUCAUCUGUAUUGCAAAUUGUAAAGGUAUUUUAUUUAUUUGAUUUCAGAUAUAUUUAUUUGUAAGAACUCUACAUUAAUUAAGAUUAUUAUAAAAUUUUUAUUUCCACAAUUAAAAUGAUCUAUCUUUUUGACAGAAAUCAGUAAUAUUUCGUAUUAAGAAUAUAUCGAAUCUCGUUACUAAGAUUAAUGAACAGACAAUGUUAAACUUGUAAGAAUAUUACAAAAAAAUCUAUAUAAGAAGUGGAAAUUCUUUUUCUUGUAUUUAGGCUAUAUGGCAUUUAAGACAAUUUUUCAGACUUUAUUAAAUGGAUACAUGAACUAAAAAUAUUAUUAUCUCAAAUAAAAUGAUAUUAAAUGUAUAUUAUAAUAUUGUAAGUAAAAUGCUAAUAAUAAUAAAAGAAAAUUAUUCGUGA